AUGCAAUUGAUCACUAAAUCAGCUUUAAAAUUACCAGUAACUUAUUCGUUUAGAGCUUUAGCUAGAUCCUACGCUACUGUUGGUGAUAAAAUCCCAUCAACAAGUGUACAUGAAAAUUCACCAGGUAAUGAAGUUGACUUAUCAAAAGAAACUGCUAAAGGCAAAUCGAUUUUAGUAGGAGUACCAGGAGCUUUCAGUCCAGGGUGUUCUCAAAAACAUAUACCUGGCUAUAUAAAAAAUUCAGAUGCUUUUAAAAACAAAGGAUAUGAUCAAAUAUUUGUUUUAGCUGUAAAUGAUCCAUUUGUCACAAAAGCUUGGGGUGAAGAAUUAACUGAUAAAAAUGGUAAAAGUUCAAUUAGAUUUUUAGCUGACUCUACUGGAGCUUUCGCGAAAGAUUUAGAUUUAUUAUUUGAUGCUACUAAAGUAUUUGGUAACGAAAGAUCAAAGAGAUAUGCAUUAGUUGUUGAAGAUGGUAAAAUUACUGAAACUUUUAUUGAACCAGAUAAUACAUCAGUUGAUAAAUCAGACGCUACUAAAGUUUUAGAAAAAAUCUAG